AUGGAUGCUGUCACCCUGGUCCGGAGUCUCCAGCAGGAGACCACCUGCAGCAUCUGUCUGACGUUCUUCACGAAGCCCGUCACCCUCAACUGUGGCCACAGCUUUUGCCAGUUUUGUCUGACCAAGGACAGGGACGCGGAGGCCAAGCAAGUGUCUUGCCCCGAAUGCAGGGAAGUGUCCCAGAACUUCCCCGGCCUCAAUGUGCCCCUGUCAAAGCUGGCUGCUGUCUGCAAGAGCCUCAACUCGGAGAACCUGGAGAACCCCGUGGGACAAGCCCGCUGUCAAAAGCACCAGCAGGUCCCCAAGCUCUUCUGUGAGGAGGACCAGACCUCCAUCUGCGUGGCUUGUACCGAAGCUCAGGAGCACGGCACUCACACCCUUUCCCCCAUCGAGGAGGCGGCUCAGAACUGCAGGGAGAAACUCCAGGACUCUGUUCCUCAUUUGAGAAAGAAGAUGAAGGAAUUGAAGGAGCUUACUGCUUCAAAGAAAAAUAGAAUAAUUCAGUGGAGAAAGUUGGUUAGAGGAGAAUAUUCAAGAAUGCACCUGUACCUGUAUGAGGAGGAGAGAAGAUGCUUGGACAGAGUAAAACAUGAUGAAUGGAGGUCUUUCCAGCUAAAGGAAAAGUACUAUAAUGUAAUAAAUCAACAUGUAAAAAACCUAGAAGAUACUCUCCGAGAGAUAGACGAAACAAGGCACAGACCUGAUUUAGACCUGCUGGAGGAAGGCAAAGAGCUUUUGCAAACGAGUGAGUUGCAGCUUUCCGAAAGGCCCAAGUCUUUCACUCCAGAGUUAAGAGACUAUCCUAUCACUGGGGUGAAGGCCAUGUUACAGAAAUUAAAAGUGAAUGUCACGAUCGAUCCCACAACAGCCAGUCCCAAUUUCGUCGUUUCUGAUGAUUUGAAGAGUGUGAGAUACGGAGACGACCCUCCAGAUCAGUCCAAAAGUGCUGAAAAGGCUCCUUAUAAUUUUGUCCUUGGCCAGCAGGGGUUCAGCACCGGCAUACACUACUGGGAGGUGGAUGUGAGUGAGCAACCUCAGUGGGCGCUGGGGAUCUCGGUCAAGUGUUUCAGGAAGAGGAAGUCGAUCCAGUACACGGUUGGGUAUCUGUACAUGCUUCGCUGUGAGAAGAGGGGAAAUGAGUUCUACCUGGUCGCCCGACCAGGGUUAGUUUGCCAGAAAAUGAAAGGCCCUGUGCCUGUCAUUGGUGUGUAUCUGAAUUGUAACGACAGAAUUCUCCUGUUCUAUAAUGCUUUCAAAGCCUGCCUCAUCUAUGGAAUGCACACGGUGCCAUUCAAAGAGCCCGUCAGGCCUCUCUUCUCCCCUUGUCCCCCGAUGCCAGCUACAAAAGUUGGUUCCAUGACCAUCUGUCCAAUGGAAAAUAGUAUUUGA